UGAGAAACGGUAACACUCUAAAUACUUUGCACAAACAUGGGACCGUUAUCACUUGUCUAUUUAUACAUGGUUGACAGUUUCACACACAUUUCAUGAUCGCACGCAUUGUGAUCAGGACCCGUGGUACAACUAAUGACCCAGUUUUGAACUAAAGAGGAACGAUGAUAUCUAAGACGUAUUUGCUAAUAGUAGCCUUCGUAGUAGCGGUAACGGCUACCUCUAUCUACCAUGCCGAUGGCAUCGACAAAUUUGACCAAUUUGAUGAAUUUGAUCAACUUGACGAACUUGACGACGUUGAUGAAAAUGAAGUUGCUGUACACGGAGAAAGAAAAGGAAAAUUAUUGUUUCCAUUCGUGAGUAUCGUCCGUUUCGCUAACACCGACUGCAGUUCCUCGAACGCGUUGAACGGCACCUGUCUGGCGCGGCGGGAAUGUAACAACCUGAACGGGACCAUCACCGGGACCUGCGCGUCCAGACGAGGCAGAUGCUGUAUUGUGUCUCGGACAUGCGGUUCUACCACGAACGUGAACAACACAUACUUUAUAAGUCCUGGAUACCCGGCCGCAUACGCGGGCGGACAAGCGUGCACCAUCAUAGUCAACCGGUGUAAUAACAACAUCUGUCAGCUUCGCAUAGAUUUCCUGGACUUCAUGGUGGCCCAGCCAGACGGUGACGGUAACUGCGUCACGGACUCCAUCACGAUCACUGGUGGAAACACCGUAGUUCCCGCCUUAUGCGGGGACCUCACGGGGCAGACCCUCUUCGUGGACUUCAACGGGAACGCUGCUAUAACGAUUUCCAUCACAGCCACACUCGCCACCACAUUCGCCAGGAGAUGGAAUAUAAGGCUUACCCAGCUUGGGUGCGAUUGUCCGGGAAUAGCUCCCAACGGUUGCCUCCAGUACUACACCGGCAUCAUGGGAACCAUAAACGGCUUCAACUACGGCACGGCGGCCAACACUGCCCUCAGCGCCUCUCUCGUCACCGGCACGCGCCAGAUCGCCAAUCUUAACUACGGAAUAUGCAUCCGGAUGGAAGCCGGAUAUUGCUCUAUACAAUAUUCACAGACAGCCAACGACAUGUACUCCUUCACGGUGACGGGCGACGUAGAGGGCGCUGACAACACUGUUCUUGGUACCAAUGUGGGCGCGGUCAACGACGGCGCAUGCGUUACCGACUUCGUGGUCGUUCCCAACCCCACAGUGGUCGCCACCGGUCUGCCUGUGGGCACGGACCGGUUUUGCGGGCUCGGUUUUGUUCCUAUUCAAACUGCUUUGAAACCGUUCGUGUUGUUCGUGACGACGGACGCCAACGAAGGGGCAACAGCCACGACGCCCCCUGACGUCGCCAACCGAGGCUUCUCACUUACUUACAGACAAAUCGCUUGUUAAUUCUUUCUAUCAUCAUUUGAUUUCGUAACAUUGAAUGCGACACUGCGACGUGAUAUCACGUCGUUAUGUAACGUGACUUGACGAGAUGUAACAUUAGUACUCCAACCAUGAAUAAUAAACAUUUGCGCCAAGAUUCGUAUCGAGCAAGUUCACAUAUUUCUCUAUAGUUAUUUCACAAUACUAUACGUCAUAAAGAGACUUACUGUUACCAUGGUUACAGGAAUUACUCUUCGAAGUUUACACGCGCAGAAUGUUUAUGCCGCCGUAUUUUAGUACUAAAUAAAUUUCCAUAAAAAAAUACCGAAACGAACCUAAACGUAAAGUAAACGUAUACUCUAAUAAAAAAAAUCAUGUUAAAUGUACAGAUAUCUGAUCACCCGCAUUAGUAAUGAUUGCAUCAAUCACCGCUAUAUUAAAAUUGCUAGUGACAGUUCUUGACAAUAGCCUUUCUACCCAAUAAGAAGUUAUACUUUUACAUAGUGCGAACUACAAACACGCAAUCACACUGAUACUAUAGCUGAAUCACUAACAUGAAUUCGGAUGCUGGGAUCGAAAACCUGCCUUAAUAUAAGUGACAUAAGACGUUGUGUACAAAACGUUGACGAUCACGCCGCAUGAUGCGCAUUAAAUGUUGUCUAAUGAUUACAAAGAAUACGUUAUUGCAGAGUAGUUGACUAUUGUUUAAAUUGAAUAUUUAACGCUAUUACUCAAUACUAUUCCACAGUGCACAUUGGUUUGCUAAAUAACUUCAAACAUAACGAUGCACAAACCACUGUAGAAAUUAAUGCCUUAAAUUUUAUUAACACACCUAAAUACGUCUUAUGACGUCAGGGUGCAUAAAAUCUGUGUCAUCAUUAAUAUACACGUAAACCCAGAACUUCCAAUUCAUUCAUUACUAAAAUCUGACUUUCAUACUUAUAAUUAGACAAGCGUUAAAUAUACAAAUUAACAUAGCCCAUUACCCGAUAGUCCAACUGUAAAAUAUAUCCAUUCACGUACAAUAGGAACAAUUUUUUGUUUAAAAAAAAAGCGCACUAUUUGUAAUUAUUUGUAUUUGAAAUUAGCUUAAGUAAUGACUCUUGAAAAGAAGACUUCUUGUAAUGCUACAUCUUGUUUUCUUUUUGACAUGUUAAUUUUAAAUAUUAUUAUACAUAGCCAUUAUAAUAAAUUAUACAAUUUA